AUGCGGCCGCACAAUCACCAGGUCGUCAAAUGCCCUCGCUGCGACUCGCUUAACACCAAAUUCUGCUACUACAACAACUACAACCUCUCGCAGCCACACCACUUCUGCAAGAGCUGCUGCCGCUACUGGACCAAAGGCGGCGUCCUCCGCAGUGUCCCCGUCGGCGGCGGCUCCCACAAAACCAAGCGCUCCAAGCCUAAAACCAAUGCCGCCGCCGCCGACGAAGACGCAGAGGAAAAAUCCACCGCGCAGAGCUCCAGCCUCACCACCUCCGCCGCCGCAGUCGCAACCGCAACCGCUCCUCCUAUAUCCUCCGCCGCGGAACCGAUCCACACCACGCCGGAUUCCGCCGUGAUUUACAAUUUCGCCGACGUGAGCUUCUCCAACGUGAAUCCAAUCGCAAACCCUAGCCUCGAUCAGCAGCCGCCGCCGGCGGCGGAGUAA